AUGGAAAAUAAUAAGGAGUGUGAUAUGUCAUGCGACCCGGCUAACCCCCGGCGCCAACCAGUAUCCGGGCUGGAUGGUGUGAAAUUGGCUACCGAAGACUCCACGGGAGUGGGCACCCAGGCCCCCGUGACGGUAAAUGCUACUGGUCAAAAUAAAAAUAAAAGUAAAAAUCUUGUGCAGCAAGUUUUUCAUGCUGGACUUUUCACAAGACCACGAAGUGCGUCAGUUGGAAGUGUCCCACCGAACAACAAUGAGGAGGACGUCCCCAAACAAGCUGACAAAACUGAAGAUGUUCGACACUAA